GGGAACUUCUGUGAGUAUUAAAGUUCGGUAUAAAUGUUUACAUGUUACAUCAAACUACACUCAAUUCAAGUUUUGGACUGGAUUCUUGGUUCUCGGGACAAAUUCUGUUACUGGAAGGAAAGAUUGGAACCAUUGGAGUACCGUACCUGUGAUAUCAAUGGAACGUUCCAGUUGAGAUAGAAGGAUCCUGUGGUCCACAAUGUCAAAGUCUAGGAGCACUAAAGCCAUCGUGUCGCCAGCGUCUGUGGUUAUUAAAAUAUCAUUAAAUACUUUUAAAAAAGCAGAAUCUGUGCUGUGAAGAGUUUUGAAGCCAGAAAUACUUAGAGUUAGUGUGUAGAUAAUUCUGCAAAUGAAUAGAAACCACUUUUUCGAGAAUUUUAGAAUGAAACGGCAGGUUAGAGACAGGUCUGUAAUUUGCAUAUACUGAAGGAUCCAGAGAGGAAUUUUUAAGGAUGGGAGUCACCGUGGCUGAUUUAAAACAGGCUGGGACAGUCCCAGUUAUUAGACAAUUAUUAAUGAUAUGCAGAAUAUCUGGGCCGGUGAUGCCAAAGAUUUGUUUUAUAAAACCGAAGGGAAGAGGAUCAUAGGGAGAAAAAGUAUGUUUUAGCUUUAAAGUAAUUUCUGUACAAGUAAAGACUGAAGAGAAACUGAUUCAAAAAAGUAGGAUCAAAUACAGGUUGAGUUGUGGUGAAAACUUGUGGCCGGGUGCUGAUUUUAUCAGAAAAGUAUUUAGGGAAAUUCUCACACUCAGAAGGAGAGAUUGCAGAAGAGGUCGAAAUAGGAGGAUUUAAAAUUGAAAAGAGUGUUCUAGAACAAUUUGAAUUAUUUGCAAUGAUGUCAGAUAAUAAUGUAUUCUUAGCAACCCUGACAGCCUUUUGGAAAUUCUGUAGGGAGACGUGCAGCAUUUCAAAAGAUACUUGGAGCUUAUCUUUCUUCCAUUUCGUUCAUGUUGUCGGCAGUGCUGACGUAAUAAUCGGAUAUCACCAUUCAUCCAAGGCUGACACUUGUUUCUGGAAAAAACAAGCUUUCGAGGUGCUACAGAGUCUAAGAUGUUAGAGCAUUUGUUGUUAAAUAUUUGUCUCUACUUAUCAACUUCUAAAUAGGAUGUGAAAGUGUGGAGAGAGAUUGCCAGCCUCUAAGUACAAUUCAACAAAGACUACAUGAGAAUUCUGAGUUAAAAUGCGAGACCAACAUGCUUGAGCUGGUAAAGUUUUAGAUACAGCUGGAAGAGCAGAUGAAAAAAACACUGGUCUAUGAUUAGAGAGUGUGGGAUCACAAAUAUCAAUAUCAGCUACAGACAACAUUAGGUCAAGUGUGUGACCGUGGCAAUGGGUGGGGCCAUUCACCUGCUGAGCGAUAUUCAAAGAACACAAUGAGUGCAUCCAAACCCCAGGAAAGUGUUGAGGUGAGAAUCGAACACUCUCUGAAUGAGAAGGAGAAGGAGUUUGUAGCAAAACGGAGAAAAGCUGUUCUAGAAAGCCUGCAGAAGCUUCAGAUACACUGCAGUCAGACUGAAGUGCCAAACAUUGCAUUACUGGGUUCUGGAGGAGGACAAAGAGCCAUGGUGGGAUUGCUGGGAUCCCUGGUUCAGCUCCAGAAAACAGGUCUUCUGGACUCCAUCCUUUAUCUGAGCGGAGUCUCUGGAUCCACCUGGUGUAUGGCCUCCUUAUAUCAGGAACCAGACUGGUCCACCAAACUAGAGACUGUGAAAGACAAGAUCAUCCAGAGACUCAGCGGUCCUGGAGUCAGCUGGACAGAUGCAUUUGACAAAUUGAAGAAAUAUUAUGGGAAAGACAUAUUCAGUAUGACUGACGUCUGGGCCGCGAUGUUCGUCACGAAUUUUGUGAAAGAGAUAGACGAACACACACUCACAGACCAUUGGGACCAGCAGAGUAAAGACCCGUUUCCCAUCUAUGCAGUGAUCGACAAACACUGCAAACAGCACAAAGAUGGAGACCCCUGGUUUGAGAUCACUCCUCAUGAAGCAGGUUAUUCUCUCACUGGAGCGUUUGUGGACGCCUCCAGCUUUGGCAGCAAGUUUGAAAAUGGCUGUAAGAUCAAGGAUCAGCCUGAAAUUGACAUGCUGUACCUGCAAGCUCUGUGUGGCAGCGUUUUAUCUGAUGGAGUCGAGAUCCUUAAAUUCCUCUGGGAACGAAUAAAAGAGUUCCUUCAUUUCCUGCUUAAAAGAGAAACAGGGAUGUUUGGGGAAAAAAGUAAAGAAGAUGAAUGUUAUCAGGUGCUCAUGGAUCUGGUGGACAUGAAUCUCUCUGUUUUGAAUGACAAAGAUCCGUCUGAUCUCGAUGUAUCCAUCAGAACAAAGCUGAACGAGCUCACCGGAGGCAAACAUCAGCUGAUUUAUCAAGACAAAAAACUGAAUCUCACUGAUAAAGAAGCUGCAAAACAGUAUAUGAAACAAUACACUGAGGAUGUGUGUAAUGAUUUGAGCCAUUGCUUCUGUUUCCGGCCUUUUGAUAUUUUGAUGAGAAUAUUAAUAUGCAUGGCUCUGUGGAUCUGGGGCAGGAAUUAUAACUUCCUCCACAACAUGAAAGAUGAAGCAGUGCCCUCCACUCUUCUGGAAAGUGAGACGAGAGACUAUGAAGACGCUGGACUGUUGCUGAACUCACCCUACUUCUCAGUGCUGAGAAAAGAGAGAGACAUCAACCUCAUCAUUUCACUGGACUUCAGUGACGAUCUUGAUCCUUUCACGACAGUGAAGGAAGCUGCUAAGAUGUGCAAGGAACUAAACAUCCCUUUCCCUGAAGUCAACAUUCCCAGUGAAGAUGUAAAGAAACCGAAGGACUUCUAUGUGUUCACAGGCCAAAACACUCCAACCGUGAUCCACAUCCCUCUCUUUAAUGUGGUCAACUGUGGAGAUGAUAUUGAGGCCUGGAGGAACAAAUAUGCCACAUUUCAACAUCCUUACAGCACUGAGAUGAUCACUGAUCUCAUGGAGGUCGCUGGAAAAAACAUCAUAAACAACAAAGACAAGCUGCUAGAGCAGAUCCGCCUCGCCAUAGGGCCAAAAAUACACUAAUAAUGAGUAAUAAAUAUCAGUGGUGUGCAGCGUUCUGAAAUGAGGCAGCAAAGUCCUCACUGUUUGUUUUGUUUUUUUGUUUUGAAAUUCAUGUUUCAGUUAGACUUAAUGCUGACACAUUUUUGACAAACGUGGAAUGCAAAUGAAAAUGAAAGGCGGGAUUUAUUGUGUGACCAAAGCAGCAGGCCAAUCAGAUCUUAUUCACAGCAGCUCCAUCUUUAACAGGAAUGAAAUCGAGACUGUGAGGGAAAGACAUACAUUUCUUCAGUGGGUUGUAUUGUUAUUUAAUGUGUUUUUGGAUUGUUCUGCAGAUGAAAAACUGCAACAUAUCUUUCCAAGAAAUUUCAUUAGUCAAAAACUCCAGACAACAUAAGCUGCAUAAAAUUAUAAGUGAUCUAGGAGCUUUAUUGCUCAUGUUUCAGUCUGUUCAUUAUAAGCAAUAAAUUGCUAAUCAUUAUUAAUUAAUUCAACAAUAACACAGACUGAAUUACAGUUAUGAUUUCUGAUUAAAGAAAUGUUUUACUUUGUUUCUGUUCCAAUGAAUGAGUAAACUGUUCUCUAAAAAGUACAUUUGUUCGGUAUCUCACUAUGGGAACGUCUCAGGCGUGACCGAUCGUGGAAGCACCAAUAACACCAUGCCUGCCAAUCAUGGCAGGCCAAUUGCGGCAGUGAUCAGGGAGUCCCGCCUCCCUGUAUAUAAACCACAGCUACCUGCCGUUUCAUCAUUCUCUCUCUCUUCCCUGUGGAAGAUUUUUGGAAGCUGUCCUCAGCAUAUUUUUUUAUGAAGUAUUGCUUAACAGUUUUUAGAUGGAGCCGUAUGGUAAUGUCCCAAAUGCAAUUUCCUUACAUUUGUUGAGUGACUGUCACUUAGAGUGAGAUAACUAACUAAGUGGAACUUUGCUGCCGUAGCAUGGGUGCAGCAGGCGCAAUGACAUUAUGCAGCGCCUGUGACCCCCUGCUUGCACAGGGAGCGUGCCUUGCAACCAUGGAGAUGUUUGU